AUGGAGGCCCCAGCGUCACCAGAGUCACCCCUGAACCUGACACAGUGUGUGCCAGAAGAUCAAGAAAGCGCUCCAAGUUGCAGCAGCCAGAGUGGAAGUGUGGAAUCAGUGUCGAAAAUUACAUUCCUGCAAGCCAAAAUUGAGUGGCAAGAGAAAAUGAUUUUAGACCUGGAGGAAGAGCGGAAGUUUCUUCGGGAACAAUUAAUGAGAGAUAAUAAGACCACAUCUCAACGUAAACAUACAAAAACAAAACAGGAUUACUAUUCAGACACCGAAAUACCAUCAUCACCAAACAUGAGCGAAAGCGACAGCGAUGGUACUGUAUUGAAGAAGAAAAAAAUCAGACAGUCUUAUGAUUCUUCAGAUGAAGUAGCAGUGCUGGGGCGAACUCACAUGAGAGUCAAGACACCUGAUGAAGCCAUCCAAAGAUAUAAGCAAGUUCUAAAAACAUUCCAACGGAACUCAGCAUUGUGGAUCCUGUCACCUACAAGGCCCUAG